AUGGGCUGCCCCAACAUUGGCCUGCCAGUGCUGCUGGAUGAAGGUAUGGUGGGAAGCGAGCUUCACCCUGAAAAGGGCUAUGUGAUGGGGGGAACUGCAGUCUGCUGCCCAGCCAUUUCCCUCAGUGGCAACAGCUGCCAAUUGUCUGGCCACUUCCUCACUGGCAGGAAACUAGAGGACACGGUCCUGAGCCCAGAAGCCAGCAAGGAGGAUAAGACAUUGACUGUGCGGGGAGAGGGGGACCGAGCCACGCCCACCCCAGUUCCAGCCAGGAUUCGGCAGAUCAUCACUGAGAGCCUGGCAGAAGAGUCAUCCCAAGCUCUGUGGGAAACAACCUCUUCACUCAAUAUGCAGGAAGAAAACCAUAUGCUGCAGAAGGAGCUCUCACGCCUUGAGGACCUGCUGGCACACACCCGGGCAGAGAAGGACGAGCUGGCGAGCAAGCACCAUGCCAUCAGUGAGAGGCUGGAGAAGGCGCUGCGGGUGGAAGCAGCCCAGCGGGAAGGGGAUGGCAGUCUGGCGCUCAUGGAAAUGAGGCAGCGGUUCGAGGAUGACGAGAAGGCAUACAAGUGCAAGCUACAGGCCUAUCAGGAGGGGCAGCAGCGCCAGGCUCAGCUGGUCCAGAGGCUCCAGAACAAGGUACUACAGUACAAGAAAAGAUGUGGGGAGCUGGAGCAACAGCUGCUAGAGAAAACAUCUGAAUCCGAGCACCAGAAACAGAUGCUGCAGACUCGGCUGGAGUCCACAGAAUCCCGCCUGUGCCGCUCAGAGCACGACCACAGCACAGAACUGGAGAACACUCUUAUCCGCCUGGAGGAGGAGCAGCAGAGGAGCACCAGCCUUUCCCAGAUGAACAUGCUGCUGCGGGAACAUCUGGACCAGAUGAAAUGCUCCAAUCAGAGACUGGCGGGGGAGCUGGAGAAGGCAACAUCAGACCUGCACAGGCUGAGAGGCGAGCUAGAGCAGAGAGCAUCCCAGUGGGGCAACAGCAGGGAGAGCUCUGGCACGUACUUAAGCAAUGAGCACAGCGGGAUCCUGCUGCUAUGGCGCCAAGCUGCCACGCUGCGCAGUAACUUGGCGGAGCUGCGUGCCACAGCAGAGCAAGGCCUGGCUGAGGCCCAGAAAGACAUGGCAAGGACUGCACGCCGCCUUCAGACUGCCUGCCUGAACCUGGACUCGAACCUGCGUCUGUCCGAGAGUGGUGCAGCCUGCUCGCUGGAGAAGCAGGCUCUGCAGGGGGCACGCUUGGAGCAGCAGCUUCGGGAGAAGGUCUGGGAGAUGAUUCAGCUCCAGAGCCGCUGGGAUGGCGAGAAAGUAGAGCUGAACUCCAGGAUAACAGAACUGACUGCUUUAGGACAGAAACUUAAAGAACAGAAUGCAAAGAAAGAGAAGACCAUCUCUGCUCUAAAACUGGACAUUCAGAAACUGGAAGUCAUUAAAACUGGAGAGCUACUGGAGGUGCAGGACCUGAAAGAUGAAAGUGAAUCUUUGCAGCGAAUCGUGAACAGCAUCAUACAGCUGGCUCUGGCUGAUGCUGAGAGUGCAGGGCCCCUCUCACUGGACAGCGUGAGGGCGACAGGUGCAGAAGACCCUGGCAGACAAACCUCCCCUUUGCGCUCUAGCUCUUCACAUCACAGGUGGGCGUCGCCAUCCCGCGCCCACUCCCCAUUGCGCCAGGAUGCUGUGCUGCAAGCCGUGCAGAGUGCCCUCCAGAGGCGACAGCAGCGUGAGCAGGAAUUGCAAUUGCAGCUGGAGUCCGCCCGGGACGUGCUGGGGGCCGUCAGGAAGCAACUGUCCGAUUGUCAGCAGGAGGUGCAGGUGGCAGAGCAGCAGCUGCAGGAGCAGAGGCAGGAGCGUGAGGAGCUGGCCAGAGCCCUGCAGGAUUGCAGGCGGGACUUGCAGCACUGUAAAUCCUCAGUGGAGAUUCUGAGCAGGGAGAAGGAGACCAGAGAGGCCACAGUGGGAAGUCUGAGCGAGCGGGUGGACUCCUCCCGUCUGGAGGUGGAAAGGCUGAGGACUCGCACCAUGGAACUGCAGAGGCAGCAAAGCCUCCUGGAGGAGCAGAAGGAGGAGCUGGCAAAGGAGCGGGAGAGAGUGCGAAAGGAGCUGGAGCAAGGGCAGAGGUCCCUGGAGCAGUUAGAAGAGAAGACCUCAGCCUUGAAGAAGGAGCUGGUGGUGGUAAAGGAGUCCUUGAACCAGGCCGUCCUGGAGAAGGACGUGCUGGAGAAUGAGAAGGAAUGUGCCAAGACCAAAAGUGCUGAGCUAGAACUAGCCAUAAACAAGCUGAGAUCGGAGGACUCCGAGCUGAGAGACUCACUGGCCAAGAUGGGGGCUCUGACUGAAGGUCUUGCCCAGGACAAGGUCAACCUCAACCGCCUUCUCCUGCAGCUGGAGGAGGAGAAGAGCUCGCUGCUGGAGCAGAGGCGGGAGUUGGAGCAGGAGCGAGCUGGCCUGCGAGAGCAAUUGGCACACCUGGAGCAGGAGCUGGCAUGGAUGAGCGUGGCCAGGCGGGAGCUGGAGCAGAGCUGCCAGGCAGCAGAGGAGAGGCAGGAGGCACUGGGGGAAGAGAUGAGGUUGCUGCGCAGGGAAAAAGCCCAGCUGCAGGAUCACCUGACGCAGGCGAGCAGCCAGCAGCACACUCUGAGUGAGCAGCUGGCGCACAGACACCAGGAGCUGGAGAUUCAGGCCGACGCCCUGCUCCGCACCGCCCAGGAGAAGGAGGAGCUCGCUAAGGAGAAGGCACAGCUGGCUGUGGAGUUCAAUGUACUGGAGAGGCAGAGGAAGGGCCUGCUGGAAGAGACAGACAUGCUCAGAGCUGAGAAGGACUCACUGGAGAUCAGCCUUUUUGAGAUGCAGGAGCUAGCAGCACAGCUGGAAGUCAAGAAGGAACAGCUGGAAGGGGAGAAUCAGAGCCUUGACCAGACAAGGCAGGUGCUCCAAGUGGAGGUGGAGAAGGCCCAGCAGGAGCUGGAGCUGCAGGACACCACCCGGAGGCGGGAUAUAGAGUCACUGAAGCAGCAGCUGGCGCAGAUGAAACAAGAGACUCAGCUGUCUCUGAAGAACCAGAAGAAGGCCCAUGAGGAGGACCUGGCAUGGCUGAAACAGGAGAAGGAGAGUCUGUAUCUGGCACUGAGGGAGGAGAAGGAAGAGGCUGUGCACCGGCUGCACCAGGAGAAGGAGGAGCUGCUGUCCAAAUGUGAGGCUGAGAAAGAGGAGCUGGCUGAGGAAGUACUGAGUUUGCAGCAGGAGCGGGAUGAAAGCCUCCUCCUGUUGGAGAAUGACAAGCAGAAGGCACUGUCCCUGAAGGAAACGGAGAAGAGUCUGCUGUCAGAGAAGCUCAGCGAGGCCCAGCGGGAGCUUAUGAACGCCAGAAUGGAGAUCGACCGGGUGAAGCUGGAGGCUCUGAACCGCCAGGAGCAGGAUAAGAACACAGUCACCAGUAUCACCGGAGAGCUGCACACCUUCCAGGCUCAGUUUGAAGACGCGGUGGCUGCCCAUCAGAGAGAGGCCAAGAGCUUGAACGAGCACAUAAAGGAGCUGGCAAGAGAGAGGGACUCUGCGGGGAGGGAGGCAGAACAGUUAAGGACGCAGCUGCGGCUUGCAGAGGAUGCCCGCGAUGGGGCGCACAAGGACCUGAUCGAGUUGCACCGCAGGUUGCGGGAGGCUGAGGAGGCCCGAGAGCUCCAGCGCAAGGAGAUGUUGGAAACCCGCAGGGCUUUGGGGGACGAGACCAGGGAGAAGGAAAUAAUGCAGAAAUCCAAUACUGAGCUGCGAGCUGCCAUCAAGAAGAUGGAGAGCAAAAGGACCAGCUUGAAGAGAGGCCUAGAGGAGAAGGAGCAGAAAAUCACCAUGCUGGAGGAAGCCAAGGCUGCAGCUCAGAAGGAGGCAGGAGAGCUGAGGGCAAACCUGCGGGAGGUGGAGAAGUCUCAGAUGGAGGCCCGCCGGGAGCUGCAGGAGCUGCACAGACAGGUGAAGACGCUGGGGGACGAGAACAGCAAAAAGGGCAAAGAGGUGAGCGAGUUGCAGGCCCGUCUCCUGCAGCAGGAGCAGCGCGAGCAGCAGUGCCGCAGACAGUCCCUGGAGCUGACGCAGAGGAUCGCAGAGAUGGAGGGCGGCCAGGAAUGUGUUCGCAAAGAGGUACUGAGCCUGCAGAGGAAGCUGGUGGAGGUGGAGUGGGAAGCCAGAGCCAGAGAGAAGGGGCUGGCCGACAGCCUGGGCGAGAGUCACAGCAAGGAGAAGAAGCUCCGGGAUGAGCUCCAUAACAUGGAGCUGAAGCUGCAACAGGCCGGCGGGGUCAGCAAAGGCCUCCAGCUGCGCCUCAGCACCACUGAGGGGCGCCUCCAAGGCCUAGAGACAGAGCUGGCCAAGGCGGAGGCUGCCAAGAGGGAGGUGGAGUUGAAGCUCGGGGUGCUGCACUCUGCCCUGCGCCGGACACUAGGGCUGGGUGGGCGGAGCCCCUCGCCGCAGAGACCCUGCUCACCUAGCAAAGGAACUGACGGGCGACGGACUCCGGCCUACCGCACUGGCUCUCCAGAGAGGAGCUGUUCCCGCUCCCCCUUUGGUUGGGCUUCCCCUUUCCAAGGGGAGCACAGUGCCAGCGAGCCUGACCCGGACAGAGUCCGAGAUGCUUUGAGAGACUUCCUCCAGGAGCUGCGAGACACUCAAAGAGAGAGGGAUGAUUUAAGGACACAGGUGAUGAACCUGAACCGUCAGCUGAAUGAAAUGGCAAGCGACCGGGACGAGACCAGCAAUCGCGUCCUGCAGCUGCAGACGUUGCUGGCAGACUCUGAGGAAGGCAAGCGAGGCAUGGACGGGCGCCUGAGCAGUGCGCAGAUGGCCCUGGCACUGCAGGAAGAGACCAUUCGGAGAGUGGAGAGGGAGCGCCAUGCCUUGGCAGAGCAGAUUGCUACCCUGGAGUGCAGCAUGCAUGCCAGGGAAGAGAAGAACAGGGAGCUGCAGGAGAAGGUCACUAGGCUGAAAGCCAAGGAUACCAAGCUGGAGACAGACAAGCGGAGGCUGAAGGAAGUCCUGGAGGCAGCUGAGAGUAGGGCCACCAAGCUGGAGCUGAGCUGUCGCUCCGUGGAAGGGGAGCUUCAGCGUGUCCGGCUCAGCCUGGUGGACCGAGAUACCGAGAUCCAGGCCCUGCAGGAGCAGGUCCAGGCCCUGCGCUGCCAGUUGGGGGACAGCGAGAGCAAAUCAGCCAAGCUGCAGCAGGAGCUGGGCCGCCUGGGUCACUCACUGGCCCAGACAGAGGACAAGGAGAGCCACCUGAAGGACAAGGUGCAGAGCCUUUCCCAGGCACUGACUGAUGCCUCCACGGGGUCCUCCACCCUUCAGGAGAACGUCUUCCAGCUGCAGAAGGCUCUGACAGCAGCGGAGCAAGACCGCCGAGUGCUCCAGGAGCGCUUGGACUCCGUGCGGCAGGCGCUGUCAGACAGCAAGAGGCAGAACCACAGGCUGACGGACACCAUGCGCAUGCUGCAGGACCAGCUGGGAGAGCUGGAGUUGAGGUGCAGGGAACUGGAAGCUCAGGUCGAGCACCUACAGGAGAUAGUCUGUCAUCAGCAGCAGAGUGAGCAGGAGGCUGCAGCAUUGCUGCAGAACGUGCAGGAUGAGAACAGCAUUCUCCAGGAGAGACUGAUGACACUGCAGCAAGCUGUAGCCCACCUAGAAGGGGAGAACAAGGAGUUGGAGCGAUCGGCCUUUGAGCUGAAGCAGGACAAUUCUGCCCUGAAGAAGACCCUCAGCAAGGCAGAACGGGAGACGCUCAGGAAAGAAGACAAUGCCAUGCGUUUCAGUGCAGAGAAGAAGCAGCUGGACCUGUCACUGAGCAGUCUGCACCAGGAGGUGGAGGACACCCUGAGACAGAAUCAGCCACUGCAGGCCCAGAUCACAGAGAUGGAGCGGGCACAUGCCCAGCGCCUGAUGGAGCUGGAGACGGAGAGGCUGCGCAGCACCCAGCUCCAGGCUGAAUGGUCCCUGGAGUCCCGGGAGAGAGCCCACAAGCAGCGUGUCAAGGACUUAGAGGAUCAGGUGAACUCGCUGAAAGAGCAGUUGGGCCAGGAGGUGCGGAAGAGACAGUCCUACCUCACUCAAGUGCUCCGGACAGGGAAAUGA